GGACACUGACGCCUGAGAGAAGACAAGUAACCGCUUCCAGGAGGAGCCAGGAUUCAGGCCCGGGCCCACAGACUCCAGAGGCCCCGCUGCACUGGCUCUCAUGCAGUCCCCUCCACAAAGGAUGGAGCUCUGCGCUCGCGGGGUAGAGCCCGUCGAAUGAGGAGCCAGGCAGAGGCAGCAAUGGGCAUUGACCUUCUUACAGCCAUGCCCCCGGACGCAGUGACUUUCCCAGAUGUGGCCGUAGACUUCUCCCGGGCUGAGUGGGAGUGCCUGAACCUCGCUCAGAGGACUCUGUACAGGAAGGUGAUGUUGGAGAACUACAGGACCCUGGUCUCCGUGGGUCUUUGCGUGUCUAAGCCAGAUGUGAUCUCCUUGUUGGAACAGGGUGAAGAGCCCUGGGUGACGGAUGGCGAGAGGGCAGGAGGCCUGUGCCCACACUCGGAGUGUGUGUGGAUGACCAAAGAAUUAUCUCCAAACCAGGACAUUUACGGAGAGAAAUUAUCCCAGGUAACGAUAACGGGAAGACUUACAAGCUCUGAUAACUUUGAGUGUUCCACAUUAGGGGAAAACUGGAAAGGUGAAGACCUGUUUGGGAGGGACCUGGUAAGUCAGAAGCCACAGUUUAGGCAAGAGACGGUCAAUCAUAUAGGUGCGCUCAUUGAGAAAAAAGACCACUCUAACAAACCUGGGACAGCUUUUCAUCUGAAUACAUUUUCUUAUGUAAAACACAUAUUUCCCAUUGAAGAGAGAACAUACCAUUUUGACACAGGUAAGGAAAGCUUAAAAACACAGGCAUUUGUUAAAAAACACAAGCAAGCCUGUGGAGGAAAGAAACUUCUGACAUGCAAAGACUGUGAGAAAACUUUCAGCAAAAUCUCUACCCUGACUCUUCAUCAAAGAAUCCAUACCGGAGAGAAACCCUAUGAAUGUAUUGCGUGUGGAAAGGCCUUUAGCCAGAGUGCCCACCUCGCUCAACAUCAGAGAACACACACAGGAGAAAAACCCUUUGAGUGCGCCGAGUGCGGGAAAGCCUUUAGCCAGAAUGCUCAUCUUAUUCAACACCAGAGAGUUCACACUGGGGAGAAGCCUUAUCGGUGUCAGCGGUGCACCAAAGCCUUCAGCCAGCUUGCACACCUCGCUCAGCAUCAGAGGGUCCACACAGGAGAGAAACCCUAUGAGUGCAUUGAGUGCGGGAAGGCGUUCAGUGAUUGCUCCUCCCUGGCUCAUCAUCGAAGAAUUCACACGGGAAAGAGGCCCUAUGAAUGUGCUGACUGUGGGAAAGCCUUCAGGCAGAAUGCUUCUCUCAUCCGCCACCGGAGGUACUAUCACACCGGAGAGAAACCCUUUGACUGUGUGGACUGUGGGAAGGCUUUUACAGACCACAUUGGACUCAUUCAGCAUAAGAGAAUUCACACCGGAGAGAGGCCUUACAAAUGUAACGUGUGUGGGAAGGCGUUCAGCCAUGGCUCCUCCCUGACUGUACAUCAGAGAAUUCACACGGGAGAGAAACCGUAUGCAUGUGCGCUCUGCGAGAGAGCCUUCAGCCACCGCGGCUCUCUCACUCUUCACCAGAGAGUUCACACCGGGGAGAAACCCUACGAAUGUCAGGAAUGUGGGCAAGCGUUUCGGCAGAGCACACACCUGGCUCAUCACCAGAGAGUCCACACCGGAGAGAAGCCCUAUGAGUGUCAGGAGUGCGGCAAGGCCUUCAGCCAGAACGCACACCUCGCCCAGCAUCGGAAAACACACACGGGAGAGAAGCCUUAUGAGUGUGAGGAGUGUGGCCAGGCCUUCAGCCAGAUAGCACACCUCGCCCAGCACCGGCGGGUUCACACGGGCGAGAAGCCUUACAAAUGUACAGAAUGCGGGAAGGCCUUCAGCGAUGGCUCCUAUCUGGUCCAACAUCAGAGACUCCACACUGGGAAAAGACCAUACGAAUGCCUCGAGUGUGGGAAGGCGUUCAGGCAGAGGGCGUACCUGAUUUGUCACCAAAGGUGUCACACGGGUGAGAAGCCCUAUGAGUGUAACGUGUGCAGGAAAGCCUUCAGCCACCGCAAAUCCCUUACUCUGCAUCAGAGGGUUCACACGGGAGAGAAACCUUACGAGUGUCAGGAAUGUAGCAAAGCCUUCAGCCAGGUAGCCCACCUGACGCUGCAUCGGAGAAUCCACACUGGAGAAAGGCCCUACGGGUGUGAGGACUGUGGGAAGGCCUUCCGGCAGAGUGUACAUCUCACGCAUCACCAGCGAAUUCAUACUGGAGAGUCCUCCUCCUGCUCCUCCUCCUCCUGCUCCUCCUCCUCCACUCGUCCCUCCUCUGCACCCACAUGCCACCGAGUCCUCUAGUUCAAUCUCCCCAGGCCUCUAGAAUCCACCCACACUCCCCAGUCUGUGUCCCGUCAGCCUAAUCCAGGACUUUUGCAAAUAGCGUUACAGCCAUUUCCCCUCUUGCUCUCCUCAAGUACAUAGUUUUAACACUGUAGCCAGCUUAACCUCUUAAAAAUUAAAAUGUACUCAUAUUACUUUUCCAUUCAAAACACAGGUUUUGAAGACUGUUAGGUGAUCCAUCUAAAGGGCUCGGCACAUAACCCUUGGCACAUACUUAGUGCCCUUAGAGUAAAAGUUGCCUUACAGAUAUGUCCACCUACAAGGAAAAGGAACCAGUAGGUCACGAUGACGAACCUGCAGUCUUCAGAGCAGACAGAGGGCUCUCGACUCUGCCUGUAGGUACGAAAGGUGAACACACUGGGAAUUGAAGGAGUCUGUGAUCCACAGGGUGACAUGGCCGCUUACCGCUCCCUCCGUGUGAAUAAAUAUGAGUAGCACUGAUAAUGAGGAGUGCUCCUCAGUGCACUUAGAAGUGAGAAUAGGCCAAUCAGGACAAAGUCGUUUGGUAGAAUGGAGGACUAGCCAGGGGAGAGUAUUAAACACUAACCCAAACAAGCUAGGAAACUCAAAUAGAUUCAUAGCAUGGAACAAACUGUAAGAGGCAGUUCAACACUGUGACCGAUUGAAAUGCAUCAUGGACAAUUCCUGAGAUAUUGAUAUUGUUCUAGAGCGUAAAGUAAAUAUAAAUCUUCCCAUCUUGUUCUAUGAAACUGAAGACUGAUCCCAAAACAGAGAAACGUAUACUGCAAUCAGCGUAUAAAUGUACACGCUAAAACGUAAACUCAUUUUUUAAAGGCAGACGUGUCUGUACAGAAAGACUCAGUCUGGCAAAGGUAUUUCUCCCCACGUUAAAUAUGUAAAUUCACUGAUGUUCCAGUAAAAGUCCCUGUAUAUUGUAAAGGCAGCAAUAGAAUUGUGAUAAACAAAGAACGUAGUACUUGUUCUGCUAACCUUGAUUGAGCACUUACUGUUCCAGAUGCUGAGGACACACUAGGGUGCAAAAUGUACAAAGAGAUUUUGCUCUUAUAGAUCAGGUGGGGGAAGACACGAAGAAGUAAAAUACACAGUAUGUGAUGAGUAUGUGACAUGUACCAUUGUAAGAAAUCUAAAGGAGGAGCUAGGGGCCGGGUGGGGUAGCUCAGUUGGUUAGAGUGUCAUCCCGACAUGCCAGGGAGG